GGAGGGAGCGCCACUAUGGAGGCGGUGCGGGCGCAGCGCCUGCAGCCUGGGGUGGGCGCGGGGCCCCGCGGGGCCCGACCUGGCCUCACCGGGGCCCCCGCGGGGCUGGGACCGGGAACGGGGUCGGGGCUGGGGCUGGGGCUGCCGCCCCCGCCGCCCCCGCUGGGUUUGCAGGGCCCCCCCGCGCCCCCAGGGACCGGGGCCGGGGCCGGGGCCGUGCCCGGGCCGCCCGCGGUGCUGCGGGAGGCGGUGGAGGCCGUGGUGCGGAGCUUCGCCAAACACACGCAGGGCUACGGCCGAGUGAACGUCGUGGAGGCGCUGCAGGAAUUCUGGCAGAUGAAGCAAUCGCGCGGGGCCGAGCUGCGCAACGGGGCCCUGGUACUCUACGAGAUGGUCCCGGCCGCCAGUCCCCCCUACGUCUGCUAUGUCACCCUGCCGGGAGGCAGCUGCUUCGGCAGCUUCCAGUUCUGUCCCACUAAGGCUGAGGCACGCCGGAGUGCAGCCAAGAUCGCACUGAUGAAUUCCGUGUUCAACGAGCAUCCUUCCCGCCGGAUCACUGAUGACUUCAUUGAGAAGAGUGUCUCUGAGGCCCUGGCAUCCUUCAACGGUGAUCGAGAGGAGGCAGAUAAUCCCAACACUGGCAUUGGUGCCUUCCGCUUCAUGCUGGAGUCCAACAAGGGAAAAUCCAUGCUGGAGUUUCAGGAGCUGAUGACGGUUUUCCAGCUGUUGCACUGGAAUGGGAGUCUGAAGGCCAUGCGGGAGCGUCAGUGCUCGCGCCAGGAAGUUCUGGCUCACUAUUCCCACCGUGCUCUGGACGAUGACAUCCGAAACCAGAUGGCCCUGGACUGGGUGAACCGAGAGCAGAGCAUUCCAGGCGCCCUUUCCCGGGAGCUGGCAGCCACCGAGCGGGAGCUGGACGAGGCCCGGCUGGCCGGGAAAGAGCUGCGAUUCCACAAGGAGAAGAAGGACAUCCUGUUGCUGGCGGCUGGCCAGCUGGGCUCAGCUCACUCCUCCGGCUGCUGAAUGCCAGGCUCCAGUCUUGGGAUCCCUCCCGGUGCUCCUGACACAUUUUCCUGAAUCCUGGCCCAUUUGCACAUUUGGAAGAAAUUUAGGGAAAAAGCUCCUGAAUGGAUUUUAGCAGUUUCAUCCCAGUCUUUAGAGCUGCUCCUCAGUCUCCUCAUUGCCUAGAGAAUUUCUUAUUGCCUUGAGAACUCCUUAUUCCCUAGGAAACUUUUUAUUCCCUGGGAAUUCCUCAUUCCCUACAGAAUUUUUUCUGUUCAUUAAUUUUGGGCUUCAGAUCGCAGGUUUUGCCCGCUGCGCACUCCAGUGGUGCUGGAAUGGUCUGUGGAAUCCAGUGUUUCCUCUGGAAAAGCCCUUUGGAUCCAAUGCCAGGAGGGGUACCCUCCAUCCUCUAGCAGAAAGGGAUCAACUAAACCUCCUUGAUAAGCUCCUUCAUGAAAUCUCAGUGGAUGCCAACACACGUGAUAUCCAAAGGGAUUGAAAACUGGGGUUUGGAAUUAAAUCUGGGUUCAGCCCGCAGCAUUCCAGUCCCAAGCAUGGCAGGAUUUGCAGUUCUGUCUGUGGCCAAACAUCAGCUCUGUCCUUUUCAUGGAAGGUUGGAAAAGUCUUGGAGGAUUGGGGAAUGAGGGAGAGAUCUGCACUAGUCAAUCCCUAUUCCUUGUAUCCAUAGCCAUAUUGAAUUUAGACUAUAUUUAGAUUUAGAAACCCCUUYUGUGACAUGAAUUGUUCAAACAGCUGCAAGCUCACCUAAGAAAAUGGCGGUUUAUCCCUGGAAAUUUCCAUUUUACUCCCCUUUUCCCCAGAAGCCUGGGAAUACAAACUAAAUUCCAAGCCAGAAUUCCUUCUUCACCCUAGUUUAGAGCUUUUCCCACUUCCUAUUCCCUUAAACCCUUUGGAUUCCACUAUUCCCACCCUGCUUCUUCCUUCUGCCUGACUGCAGGAUAUUCCAGCAGUAAUCAUUGUUUUAGGAUAAAAUUGGAAUAAUACCAUUAUCCGUAGGUACCCCACUUUUAUAUCUCCAUCCUAAUGAGCCUGUUUGGGGGGUUAUAUAUUUUUUAUACUUUCUAUAACACUAUUAAUGUUUGAUGUCGCUGGAAGGGAUUGGAGGUGUGGGGUGUCAGUUUCCUGAAAUAUUGGAAGAACUGAAUUUAGGAAUAACAUGGAGUUAAUCCUGCAAUUUAUUCCCCUGAUUGUGCACAUGAGGGAAUCCCUGAGGCUCCUCCCAGCACUUCCGUUGGCGGGGCUUUCCAUCGCUUGAGGAUUUGGAGUUUGGAGGCUCCGGAUCCCUUUGGGAGGUGUUAGAUGAACAAAUCCAAGUUUUCUCAGUGUGGAAAAAGUGCUCUUUAUCGAGGCAGUGAAUUAAGGGAAUCCGGUGGUAUAAGCACUGGCAUGGAUUCCAUACAAUAAAACCAGCGAUUUUGGUUAACUUUGGU